CCCUCAAACUCGCCAAAUGUCUUUUUUCACAGGGCUAAUUUUAAGCUCGUGGCUGUGAGUGGGAAAUUAUAUGCCGUCGGGGGCCAAUCUCUCUCGAGUGUUGAGUGUUACAAUCCGGAGCAGGACUGGUGGAGUUUUGUGGCAUCUUUACCAGCUCCCCUUGUGGAAUUCUCAGCGUGUGAAUGCAAGGAGAAGAUUUAUGUCAUGGGAGGCUACACCACAAGAGGCCGGAAUCUGAACAUCUUGGAAUAUUGUCCCAUCUCUGACAAGUGGACUAACUUUGAAACGUGUGGCGUCCACCUUCGCAAGCAGCAAAUGUUAUCGGUGGAGGAGACCAUCUACAUAGUGGGCGGUUGCCACCACAAUUUGGAUUCAAAGGAAAGACCGAGUCAGAAUGAGGAUAGGUUAACUGUGCAGUCUUACAACGUGGUGACCAAACAGUGGCUCUACCUCAAAGAAAACACGUCAAAAUCGGGUCUUAACUUGACUUGCACGUUGCACAACGAUGGGAUUUACAUUCUGAGCAGAGAUAUGACCUUGUCCACCAGCUUGGAGCACCAGGUUUUUCUAAAAUACAAUAUAUUUUCAGACAGGUGGGAGUCACUGAGAAACUUCACAACCUUUGGACAAAACAUGUUGGUCUGUUCUUUGUAUUUUCCAGAUCUGAUCUGAAUUUGAUUCCUUGCAGAACAGAGACUUCUUCGUCCAGUCACAAACUCUUUUGCAGGAUGCUUAAGUUCCGAUGCUCAAAAUAUUACUAUUGCCAUAAUGUGAGGCCAUGAAGUGAGAGGAGACAAAGAAUGCAAAUUGUGCAGAUGCAAAUUGUACGUGCAUCAGUCUUGCUCAUUGCAAGGGGUGUGAUGCUGAGAUUAGGACUUUAUACACAUAGCAGUUUGUAAGCCCCCAGCAGACAGGCUGUUGGUGCAGAGAAACUUGUUUAACAUCAGGGAAAAUACCGUGAGUAAAUUUACUGUUUCACAUUUAUGGCAUCGUUUCCCGUCAGACUUGGAAUACAGGUAGUCUUUGCUUAACGAUUGUUUAACGACAGUCUGGAGUUACGAUGGCCUUGGGAAAAGUGCUUUAUGACUGCCGUGGUCAUGUGAUUGCGAUCUGCGACCUUUUUUAUGAUG